AACGACCCACUGCCUCCCACAUUAGUGGCCGCAUCCCCUCGCCGUCGCCGACUGCUGCUCUCAACUCAAUCGCCCGCGCCUACCGUCGCCCUGCGCCGAUCACCUGGCCAUCUCGCCGCCGGCCUCCUCCAGUCCUCCUAGUCCUCGCCGGACCCAAUGUCUGCGCUCUUCAACUUCCACUCCUUCGUCACCGUCGUGCUGCUGCUGAUCUGCACCUGCACCUUCCUCAAGAUGCACUUCCCCUCCAUCCUCGUCCGACGGACAGGAUUUCGUGGUUUCUUUUGGAAGGCUGCUAGGAUAGGUGAGCGCCUUAGCCCCUGGGUAGCUAUUGGGUGUUCUGUCAUGGGCAUAUCUAUUAUAUUUUAUUGAGAUCAGAAUAUAUUUUUGUGCUGUCCUGAUCUGGGAACAAUUUCACCUGUAGAUAGGGAAAUCCGAUGCCUUUUGUGGCUCUGUUUAUAUCCGUGUUUCUUUCUCCUGUAAGCAUGUUAUGACUUACGAAAUUCACCUAAACUGUUUUCCACUUUCCACUUCAGAGAAGAAGUGUGGGAGCUGGGAAUUUUUGAGAGAAUUAUAGUAUGAUGAUUUGUAUUUGUAUUUCAGAUGUCAGGUUUUGUAACCCUGUAAUUGUAGCAGAUGUGUGUUUUCAUGUUGUGUUUUAACCCUAAUGGAAUCCUAGUUCUGUUUAUAGCAUUAUGAGUUAAUGACCUUGCUGGCA